AUGGAAGGAGUGGUAGUAGCCAACACCCAGAACCAGCCGGAAGACAACAAGGUUCGCACCGAUGUAUUGCUCUUCAACCGCUGGAGUUACGACCACAUUCAGCUGGUAGACUACCACAGAUUGAGAAAGUAUAUCGAACAGAUAUUACGUAAUAGAGUCGAUAGUACUGGUGGAACUGGAUUUUUCUACUUGGUCAUGCAAUUAUUGUGCAGUGGACCAAGAGAAGAUGCGACCCGUAUUGGUUCUGCUGGUGUUGUCAGGCACCAGGCUGUUGAUAUUUCGCCUCUUCGCCGUGUGAACCAGGCAAUCUAUCUCCUCACAAGCGGUGCCCGUCAGAGUGCUUUCAGGAACAUCAAGACCAUUGCUGAAUGCCUUGCUGACGAGCUCAUUAAUGCUGCCAAGGGCUCUUCCAACAGUUAUGCUAUCAAAAAGAAGGAUGAGAUUGAGAGAGUUGCAAAGGCCAACCGAUAAACGAGAGUACUCAAGCAGAUUCCAUGCUUUUUGUGUGUUUUAGAUUGUUUUAAAUUCAACAAAUUUUGUUCUUUCUGUUAUUGCUAGCCAGCAUUAAGGGGUAAAUGGAUGGUUAUUUUUAACCAUUUUUUGGGGGGUAUUUUUUGUGGCUACCGAUCACAUAGACAUACAGUGAUAAAAUUCAUUUAAAUCAAUGUUGUGUUGCUU